AUGCCCAACUUCUUCAUGCCAAUGGUUCCGCCAGGUCAGCAAGGACAACAUCGAGGUGGCAUACCCGUUCAACAGAAUCAGCAACAACCUAUUCCCCUCAUGCAACAACAGAUGGUACCAUGUGGGUGGAUGUACCGUUACCCACCUGGACGCAACGUUGGUGAAGUCCCAAUGGGUUCCAUUUUUUACGACAUCGGAGAUGGCAUGCAACUUUAUAGAGGUGCUUCAUUUGUUGGAGUCUCCAAAAGCUUUGAGGCGAAGGUGGUUGAGGCUAUGGGUGUGUUGAGGAAUGUGGGUGGUCAUGGUCAGGGUGGAGUUGGAAGCCCUACUGAUCAGCUUGCUGCUUUGUCAUUGAAUGACGACAUUGUUUCUUAA